CUAAAGCGUAGUUCUCACUGGUGGUGCUAUUUCCUUUUUUUUUUUUUCCCCCAGCCACUUCCGGGUCCUGCGUCGCUCCGGAAACCCGUGAGAUCCGGAAGCCGGGAUAACCCACAUUCUGCUAGGAAAAAGCCAAGCUUUCCAGAGUAUGUUUCAGAAAAAGUUACGCGGAGCGUGGGCGUUUCGCAGGCUCCCAAGGUGCCAUCAAGUAUGAGGCAAGGAUUUCACAGAGGAACUUGUGGCAAAAAUCUCCACUGCCAUAGCAGAGGGCUGUCAAGUCUUGAGGGAGCCUCAGGGAAGGGGAAAAGGUGAGAUCUCCCCAGAAGGCUGUUGGCAUUUAUGGCUGUCAUUCCUUUGAUGAGGAGGGCCAAGAAGAAAACAAAAAGUAGUAGAAAAGAAAAGGGAGAAAAAAAGAAAGGAAGGAAGAGGAGAGAGAAGAGAGAGAAAGAAGUUCCAAAGACCUUCAGAGAGGACAUGGCACCCAGAGAAGAGCAUAUGAAGAAUACAGACAGAGUGCUCAGAAUAAGUCAGUUGGAUGCACUGGAAUUAAACAAGGCCCUGGAGCAACUGGUUUGGUCCCAGUUUACUCAGUGUUUUCAUGGAUUUAAGCCAGGACUGUUUGCUCGCUUUGAACCAGAGGUGAAAGCAUUCUUGUGGCUUUUUUUGUGGCGAUUCACCAUCUACUCCAAAAAUGCCACUGUGGGACAGUCAGUUUUGAAUAUUCAGUACAAAGACAGUUUUUCCCCAAGCCUGAGAUAUCAGCCACCAAGUAAAAACCAGAAACUCUGGUAUGCUCUCUGUACCAUUGGUGGGAGGUGGUUAGAAGAACGAUGCUAUGAUUUGUUUCGAAACCAUCAUUUAGCAUCUUUUGGGAAACUUAAACAGUGUGCAAAUUUUGUGGUUGGGCUUUUGAAAUUAGGUGGGUUAAUUAAUUUUUUGAUUUUCCUUCAACGGGGAAAGUUUGCAACUUUGACAGAACGUCUUCUAGGCAUUCAUUCUGUAUUUUGCAGGCCCCAAAAUGCCCGUGAAGUUGGGUUUGAGUACAUGAAUAGGGAGCUCCUCUGGCAUGGUUUUGCUGAGUUUCUAAUUUUUCUCUUACCACUUAUCAAUAUCCAGAAAUUGAAAGCUAAGUUGUCUUCAUGGUGUAUCCCUCUUACUGGUGCUUCUAAUAGUGACGGUACUUUAGCCACCAGUGGCAAAGAAUGUUCUUUGUGUGGAGAGUGGCCCACCAUGCCUCACACCAUAGGAUGUGAACACAUCUUCUGUUAUUACUGUGUUAAAAGUAGUUUCUUAUUUGACAUGUACUUUACUUGUCCUAAGUGUGGCACAGAGGUACACAGUGUACAGCCACUGAAAUCAGGAAUUGAGAUGUCAGAAGUGAAUGUACCUUAGAAAGUAAAAUUGUUUCCUCUAAGAAAAAUGUAUUAUGUAUGAAUCCUUAAUGUUAGUCAUCCUAAGUGUACUACUUAGAUGACUUUUAUAAGACUGGUACUUCCCAGUUACCGUCUUCUCUUCCUUUGGGAGACAUGACUAAAUUCUAAUCACUGGAAACCACAUGAUUCUAAAUAUAUUAUAUAAAAUAUUUUAAAUCAUUGCAUUCAGUUCUUAAUAUCAGGAAUAAAGGAGAGUUUUUGUCAGAUGACUACUAUGAAUUCUUCAUUUUGCUACUUCUAGGAAGUAGAACUCUUAAAAAUAAAAGAUUUUGGGUACUCUGGGAUGUGUAUACAUUUAUUUUGAGAGAUGAUAUAAUGUCAUAAUCUGACAAUGAUAAGACCCUGUUGUUUAAACCUUAAGAUCUGAUACCUCAGUUGUAAUUUUAAGCUUUUCUCUGAAGUCAGUUUUCAAGAGGUUCAGUUCAUGGCUGUCAGAUCCCUUCACAGUUGACUUCUUAUGUUUAGAAAGUAAAAAUUGCUUAAGGCAGCUUAGAAGUGAGGCCUGGAAACUACAGGGGACAGCUGGCAAGAAGAACACUAUUUCCUGGAUCUCUUUCUCUAGUCUUUGAUUUGGAGCUUAUGUUCUCAGCAAGCAUAUUGGUGGUUUUAUGAAAAACCAGAGGUCUUUAGCAUAGUAAUAAUACAGGGGUACAUAUCAAGAUGUACUUUUCUCUUUUUCUCUGCAUUUUUCACUUAGAAGUUAAAAAUGAAUAUUCUACUAAAUAAUAAUCACAAGAAAAUAUUUGGACAGUUUUUAAGUUACUUUACCUUAAUAAUGGCACUUAUUUUUAAACAAGGUCUCAAUUUUUUUGCUUUGACAAUAAACCAUAAUAUAUAAUAAAAUAAAUUGUGUUUUGAUUAAAAUAUAUAUGUACAUGUAUAUGUAGACAUAUAUAAUAGAAAUAAUUCACAUGUAGCUAAAGUUGGACAUAGGAUAGUCAAGACUACUUUGAAAUGAUUAUUACACAGGCAAAACCACACCACCAUAUUAAUUUUUUUUUUAAUUUUCAAAUGGUAUAGAAUUAGCAUGAGCAGUGAUUUGUCUCAAGUCUUAACUAGAAUGUUUGGAAAACCCAGUCAUUAUAUAGUAAACACCUUCCUAGAAUAAAUAUAGAACAGUGAAAAUACAGGAAAAUUUGUUCAUUUUUCUCUUCACCUUCCAUUCAACAAACAUGUGCCAGGAACCGAGGUAGCUACUAUGGAUACAAUGGUGAGUACCUGGGGAAAAUAGUUACCAUAAUGUAGUUUACCUUGUGAUUAAAUGGAUUCUGAGUUUAACUUAGGUUUAAUUUAAAAUAAGAGAGCCAACAAGUUUUGUACUUUGAAUGUAAGAGUUUUUCACAUAUUUUAAAUUUCACCUUUUUCUUCUCAAAUUUUAAAACAUUAUUGUGAAAAACUUCAAAAGUUCAGGAAAAAAUGAAGUUCUCAUUUUUUUUUCACAUAUCAUCACAGUAUACUGGUUCAUUUUAUGGUAUACACAUUUCUUAUUUACAGAAUCGUUUAACCAUCAUUGGGCAUUUAGAUUCUACUUUCUCUUGUAAAUAAAUACAAUGAUGAAUCUGGAGUAUAGUCAGGCCUCUUAGUUCUCAUGAUAUAAACCAGUCCAUACUGAAUUUGCAAAACGGAAAAUAAUUUAUUGAUUUAUCUCAGUGAAGAAUCAACAUGUACACUGCAGGUCCAGUCUGGUUAUAGGUGCUCAAAUAAUCCUCUUCAAAACAGGGUCUCUUGGCCAUCAUUUUAUGAUAAACACUAUACAUGGUGUGGGGGACACGAACUCAGGUUCAGAUCUUACCUGUGCCAGUCAGUUAUGUGUAACUUGAGCAAUGCACUUAAUCUCUACAGUGGUACUUUGUUAGGAAUGUGUUUAGGAUAUAAUAGUAGUUGCUUCCAUUACUCUUAAUAUUCUGAUUUGGCUUCAUUCUCGGGCAAAAUGAUGGCUACUUUGAUGGUCAAGGUUUAUAUUCUGCCAGCUUUCUGAUCGCACUGAAAUGACAUCCUCUUCCUGAUAGUCCCAACUAAAGUUCUAUAGCUCACUCUUUUUGCUCUGUCUUGGAUUACACACAUUCCUAAACCAGUUACCACAGGAAAGGGGAUGAAAAACACCACUCCCACUUAUUCAAAUGUGGGUGACACGCCUUCAUGUAUACCACAUGAACCUAACAGUGCUGAGGGAAGGCUACUCAUCAUGGAAAACCAAUCUGCUCUUGUAAGAAGGAUGGACACUGGGCAGAUAAAUACAACAGAUUUCUAAUAAAGUUUACAUUUGCCGUCAUUAUACCUAGUCCAUUUGCAGUCUCAUUUUAUCAGUGAUCCAUUUUGAUAAUAUUAUUAAUAAAUAACUUAGAAUAUAGAUUUGAAGAAUUAAAUGAAGUCAAGAUUUUGUUAAACCUACAAUUUUAUUAUUUUGAUAGCUGAGUAGACUCUAAAGUAGAUUCCCCUGUUAUAAUUUU